AUGGUCCUCCCCGCAGACCACCGAGAAGAUAAAUUGCUUCCGAGGCCUUACACCAGUGGCGCGGUGUCUGCAAUCUCUGCCGAAGCCGCGUUCAGCGCGGAGAACUCCCUAUUCAGCACCCGGCCCUCGACGAGUGCAUGCUCCAGAGCCACAAGUUCCAGAAGCUUUCGUCCGCGCCCUUGGUGCAGAAACAGUCGCAGGAGCAAAGGUGCCAGGAGCAACCUCGGCGAGUCUAGCAUGUCUCCGACCGGAAGCUUGUGGGGUUCACAGACACCGCUUCCAAGGGACCAGAGAGGAUACGAGACACUCGAGCAGCUUCUGCAACCGGCAUGGCAGACGCCCGCCGACUUGCUACCGGACCUGAAGCCAGAUGAGGAGCCGCAGGACUCAGGAGACGAAGACACUGCGCAGGCAGGUCAUGCUGCUUCGUUUAGAGAUGGCAAGCGAAAUGCGGUGGUUCUCGGCGUGGGGAAGACAAUCUGGAGCCUCAAGAAGCAGCUCCAGCAGCAGGAGCCCGCAAGCAAAGUCAAUGAGGCAGCAGAGAAGCCAGCAGAGAAGCCACAUUACCAGCAGAAGCGACAUGCGCUCAAACAGGCUCCAACCCAACACCUAUUGGCCAUGCGCGGGCAGAUGGAAUCUCAAGCAGAUGAGAGCUCCUCAUCAGCAACGUCUGACGAUGCAGCAUCUGCCUCCUCAGACAGUGUGGAUCCGAUGUUGGCCACGGACAUAGGUGACCUCCUACCUCAAACGAGCAGUCCCUGGCCCACAUUUACAAAAGCUACCACCGAUGCAAAGUUGCAAAGAAGAGGAGGUUUGGAUGCGGACAUGAUUGCAAUGGCGGAGUUUGCCGUGGCGGCGCAGCGGGCGGCCUUGCGUGAGGCGGAGGAAGCCAGCCUUCCCGUGCAGGUCCUUCCUGGAGUCUAUUUUGGGCAUAUGGACAGCCCGCAGUCUACGCUCUUGCCAAAGACGCCCAAGGUCGGUCGCUUGCGCAAGCUUGAGCACAAGAAGCUGACGCAAGACAAUGUACAUCAAAGGAAGCUCUUGUCUCUUCCCCAAGAGGACCUUCACGGCGUUUAG